UUAACUUUAAUGCCGGUAUUCUGCUUGUCACAAUUGUCUCAUGUCUCUAUUUGAGACAAUUGCGAAUUGGUGACCCUGUUAGUCAGGAUGUAUCAUUUUGGUAUUCUGGUUGAUACAGUCAGAAAAAUAUUCACCAUCUAGUGUGGUGAAAAGAAGAGCAAGCAAUCAGCUGUUUAGUUUAGCUGAUUAGUGAUGAGUGCAUAUUCACAGUGAUAAUUUAUGAAUUGAUUGCACGCAAUUAGAUUUUUUGAAAUCAAAUUUCCGCAAAAAAUUACUUGUAAAUAAUUGCAUAAUACAAUUAUUGAAAAAAUAUACUCAAAUAGUUUAUAAUAAAUGUGUAAUAUAUGUAUUUUAUCUGAAUCAAUUGCUAAUUAAAUAAGAAAAAUUUGAACAACACAAUAAUCGAUAAAUACAUGUGCUCAUCCUUAAAUUUGAGCAUAAUGGAGAAGGAAAAUCAAAAUAAAACGUUGCGCACGUCGCGGGAGCAAAUUGAUUGUUAUUUAAAUUUUGUGCGGGUUCACCCCGAGAUAAAAGUGAACAAAAACGACCCAUCGCGGCCAAAAAGGGUUGAAGAGCUUUGGUCGGAGGUUUCUGUCCUCCUAAAUGCCCUUAAAGGUCCAACUCGGACCCCCACCAAAUGGAGAGAGAAUCUGAGCCAUUGGAGGAACCAGAUUCGGUCACGGGCCAGGAAGGCAAAGGCGCACAAGAUGAUAACAGGUGGCGGCCCAAGCUCAAAAAUUGACCUGACCGAAACUGAGCAGCGGGCGUUGGACACAUUAGGGUCAUUCGCAGUUGAUGGGUUGGCUGAAUUACCAACCAUUGGAACAGAGGAAGAAGUAUUGUUUGGUGCUACUCCUACAUCAUCCCCACUGGUGACGACUACGGACGCCCCAAUUGACCGCACUCCAUCCUCGUCCCGAACAAAACGAAUAACGACGGACGAUAUGUUUGAAAAUGUUAUGACCAUGAUAAAAGAAAAGGGUGAGGAGGAGAGAGCUUUCCGGACUGAAACUUUAGAGGCCAUAAAUAAAUACUCCGAAUCGCUAAAUAAUUUAGCGACAGCCAUGGUGACGCUUACCCAAAAUAUCAUAAAUACAAAAAACUGAAAAUUAAAAAUGUGUCUAUGAAAA